CAGAAGGUUUCAGUGUUUUAAGCCAUGAGGCGUGUGGGCUUUCCAAAGAGGUUUGAAACUCCCCCGGGGGCAGCCGAGCCCCGGGCCCGCUGGGGACUCCAUUUCCCAGCACCGGCGAGAGAAGGGCCGGGCCGGGCCGGGCCGGGAAGGGCCGGGCGGGGCCGCUGCGGGCGGGGCCGGGGCUGCCGUGAGCCCGGGGCCCGGGACGAGGCGGCCAUGGCCACCAGCCCCGCGCGCGCUGGGGGCCUUGGGCGCGAGGGCGCCCCGUGUCGCGGCCACGGGACGCGGAGCGGCGGCGGUUGGUGCGGCCGGUGCGGUCGGUGCCGUUUGUGCGGUUGGUGCCGCGGCGGCUGCUCCGUCCUGCAGCAUCGCGGGAGGUGCUGUUCAUCCCGGCGACUUGUGCGUUUGGAGACUUCGGUUGACGCCUUGAGCUACUGGAGAGUGUGCAGAGAAGAGCAAGAGAGCUGGUCGGCGUGUGGACGCGACCAAGGAUCUUCGGUCCCCCCCUGGGGGUUGACAUCGGAGGAAUCUGCGGAGAGACCGUCUUGAGCAAGGGAAAGCCCGGCUCUUGCGAUGGCUACGCAAGCCAAGAGAGGUUUAAGUGGCUCUAUGGAUGACACCCUUGAGGACCUUUGGAGAUAUGAUGUUGAACCCCGUUGUACAGCCGGUGGGAGAGCCUUGAAGACCAGCAUGCGGGUCACCAAGGAGUUGCCUGCGGAGGUUUGCAAUGUCCCUGGAGAGGACAAGGCAGCUGCAGGGGACAAGGACGACUGGGACUGGGAUUUCCUGGGGACAUCGAAACCCAGUUCUGGCCCAGGGAAGAUGCCCGUGAAACGUGGCACUGAGCGCAGCUCUGAGACAACAGCAGAACAGAGCAGCAGGAAAGAGCUGCCCCCACGCCAGACGCCCCUGCGCACCGUGGCCCCGGUCCAGAGGAGGAAGACGUUGAUGUUCGAAGAUGCUGAAGACGACGACCUGUUGGAUGUGCUGAGACGUGGCAAAGGCCCAAAAAAAGAAGAGGAGCUCCGGCCAGCGCGCUCCACGCUGGACGACUUGUUCGGACGAGGCUCCGCGGCCAAAGUCCUGGAAAAGCCAGAGGAGGAAGAGCGCGGGGACAAGAAGGAGCUUGUCUUCGGGGAGUACAAGCCCUCGAUGGGCUCCAGGCCCGCGGUCCAGCCGGCGAUGGGGCAGUUGGUGAGGUUUUCUGCCAACAGCAGCAGCGAAACAAACCCAGAGCCCCGCUCCACACCUCGUCCUCCCCGCAGACGGAACCCCGUGCGGAGGAGAAGGGCCGGAGACGACUGGCUGGGCUGGGAGGAUGAGGAUUUCAUGGACCCCGCCAGCCAGCUCGGGGCUGCAGAGGAGGCAGCACCUAAACCCGACCCAAUGGACUGGCUGAUCGAUGCCUUGGCUCGCAGGAGAGCCGAAGAACAGGCCAAGGCACAGGAGACAAAGGCCGAGCCCACGGAGACCCAGGAGAAGAAAGCCAAGCCCUCAGAGACUGAGGAGAAAAAGGCCGAGCCCUCGGAGGCCCAAGAGAAAAAGAACGAACCCUCGGAGGCCCAAGACACAACGGCCGAGCCCUCAGAGACCGCGGGCGAAGGGCCGGGUCCCCGCUCUCCCGGCAGCCAGCUGGCCGCCUCCCCAGCAGCAUCGGACUGUCGGGCAGAGCUGCUGAGCGCCCAGGCCCGUGUGGCAGAGCUGGAGAGCCAGGUCCGGAUGCUGGAGGAGGAGCGGACGCAGCAGAAAGUGUUAUUGGAGAGUGCCCAGCGGCAGCACCAGGAGCACCUGGAUGUCCAGGAGAGCAGCCACAGGACCUCAGUGAACGUAAUGAAGGACAACUAUGAGCAGCAGGUGGAGAUGCUGCGGCGGCAGAACGAGCAGCUGGUGGCUCAGCUGCGGCAGGAGCGGCAGGACACGGCGCGGGAUCGGGCAGAGCUGCUGGCACAGCACCGGCUGGAGCUGCAGCAGCUGCGGGAGCAGCACCGGCUGGAGCUGCAGCAGCUGCGGGAGCUGCAGAGGGAGUCUGUCGAGGAACUGCGCAAGAAACACGAGGAGCAGCUCCAGCACAUCAAGUGGCUGAAAGAGAGAGAGAUGGAUGUGCUGACCGGCACCAUUACACACAUGAGGUCUCUGGACAGCAUCCUUGAGAGGAUGGAGAAGUUCUCCAGUGACCUGCAGAACGUGUGCAGGAGGAGCAUGGAGGAGGAGCAGAGCCGUGUCCAGGAGCUGGUGGCCAACACGCAGGCCAGGCUGGGCGAGCAGACUUGGCUGCUGGAGCAGGAGCGGGCAGAGCUGAAGAUCCAGCGCCAGGAGCUGAAAGCCAAGGAGGAGCAGCUGGCGAGAGACAGGCAGAGGCUGGACGAGGCCUGGCAGGAAAUGCGGCUGGAGAAGGAGAAGGUGAUCGGGGCCGUGCAACCUGUCCAGAAGCAGCAGGAGAUGAUUAGAAGCACAAAGGAGCUCUUGGCCCAGAAGCACGCAGAGGGGGAGCGAGCCCUGGGGGAGGCACGCAGGAUGCAGUCCGAGUUCUGGGACAAGCUGCAGGUCCUGCAGCAGCGGGAGGAGCAGCUGAGGCAGGAACAGGAGCAGCUGAGGCAGGAGAAGGAGCAGCUGAAGCAGCAGAAGGAGCAGCUGAGGCAGGAGAAGGAGCAGCUGAAGCAGUUGCAGGAGCAGAUGAAUCAGCAACAGGAGCAGAUGAAGCAACAGCUGGAGCAGAUGAAGCAGCAGCCAGAGCAGCUGAAGCAGCAGCUGCAGCAGCUGAAGCAGGAACAGGAGCAGCUGAAGCAGGAAAAGGCCUCCGUAUCUUCCAUGUUCAGUGCCCAGAUGCAGCUGCUGAAGUUCCAGGCCCAGCAGGGGGACAAAGAGUUAGAGACGCAGAGAAUCUUCUUGGAGAACCUGAAGAAAUUACGAUACAACAUUUCACGGCUGUCAACAACCCCUCCAUCCUCCUCCCGUUCUGUGGACGAUACCAUUGAGUAUACACAUGCAUUAAUAGGGGCCCUGAGGAAAGCAUCUCCACCUGUGCAAGUAGUCAAUCUGUCCUCCAUUCUCCGGCCUCCCAUUACUUUCAAGACCCUUUAAUCAGGCUCUGCCCCAGUGUCCAUUCUGUCAGCUCUGCUUCUGACAUGACUUGUAAUAACAUCGGAUGUGAGACUGUGGGUACGCGUUAGAGGCCUCAAGGACUUCAGGAGUUCGCUUGGACACAUUAGCGAGGAUGCUUAAUAAAAAGAAAGGGAGGACUGUUGCAGAAUAAGUUUACUCACUUAAAUUCCUUUAGUUGUAUUCUCUGCUUCGACAUAUCGAGAUAAGGACAGAGAAAAAACUGCCUGGAAGACAGAGGAAGAGAAUCCAAGAAGAAACAACGAAGGCCCCAGACCCAAAAUUACCACUGGACCAACAGGCUCGUGAAAGAUGCGUGAAGAGCGGGUGCACAGACUGGGGGGGUUUACAAGCCCAAGUCUCUUUCGUCUCACGCUCCUCCUGCUGAGAGGCCCCACGUCCAGACUGUUUCUUUGCUGUUAUGUGGUUAUUUAUGGAGAUCCCGAGGAAAGCGCCCUGCAACACUUCACCUCUGCCCGCGUCCCGACCGUCCUCCCUUCUCUGGAUGAAGAGAAGCCGCUACAUUAAUGUGGACUCUGGUAAAGUUACAAAGACGUACCCAUCAUUAACCCAUGACGUGCUAAAUGCUUUUUAACCAGCUGCAAAACGAGAGGAUAUUUUUCAAGUUUUAAAUCCUUCUGCCUGACAAAGAGAUCAGAAGAUGAAGGAACACGUUGUUUAGAAGCAGAGCUUAGCUUAUAUUUGACUAGUAAUUAAUAGUAAGAAACUCAUCCGUUACAACUAACUUCAUACUAACCUUAUGUUAGCUCACAGGAAAGAGAUUGGGGAACCACCUGGUGAUAAUGUGAAUAGAGAAACCUUGCUGACAUAAUCAGUCACCAUUGUAUAAAUUAAAUGAUGAGGAAAAGUGGCCUCUGAAUGAAACUCUGAAUGAUGCCUCGUUAACAUUCUUCUUGAAGAGAGAAGGCAAGUGCAGUCAAGUGAUGGAAGCUGAUAUGUUUUCCACUUUGCAAAAACAGAGUGGCAGGCAGAAUGUGGUAUUAACUUGCCACCCCAGGAUCCAGCUGUGUUCACAUUAAAAAGGGAGCAGAAUAAAGCUCAGGAGAAGUUGAAACCAUGUUGUUCAGCAUGUAGAAUAAGACAGAAAACUCCCCUGAUGAGAGGGGAGGGUGAGAAAGAAGACUGCGUGUCCCCACAGGGCGUGGAAUUGAAGAUGAUGUGCCUUCAGCUUCCGAGGUGGUGAAACUGUGCAGAAAGAAGAGAAAAACAUGGAAAAGAAACUGAGAUUUUAGUUGAGACUGGAACUCUUGAUUCAGUUUUGAAUCAGGAAUUGAUACCAUUAGAUGAAGAUUUUGUACCUGUUAUGGGAGCUACUGGCCAAGGAGACAAAGCUUUCUUCAUCAGCCAAUCCAACAGAAACUGGAAAACAAAAUGCAAUUCCUAAGUUCUUAUCUAUGUCCAGAUCUCCAAAACCGUUACGGAGACGAGACUUAGGAAAACAAUUGCAAGCAAUAAUAACAUUCAAACAAGGUGAAGUGACAAAAUGGAAUUCCUAAGUUCUUAUCUACGUCUGGGUCUCCAAAACCGUUACGGAGACAAGACUUAGGAAAACAAUUGCAAGCUAUAAUAACAUUCAAACAAGGUGAAGUGACAUUCCAGAUAAAAGAACAGCCACAGAAACCAAAGAAGACCGUAUGCAAUGCACUGCAAGUUUGCUGAAUUGGGUGAGAUGCAGUGGGUAUCGAGCUUCCCAACAGAAAGCCCAGCUGAUCCAGUGCCAAGUGACUUAUCUGGGAUUCGAGAUCUCCGGAGAGCACCAGAGCUGGGGAUGGAGCGACAAGAAGCUGUUUGCCGGACACCAGAACCUGCAGCGGUAAAAGAGCUCCGGGCGUUUCUUAGAAUGGCACCUUGGUGCAGACUUUGAGUUUAUAAUGAUGGACUUGGAGUAAAGCCUUUCUAUGAACCGUGAAACAAAAGGACUUCCAAGUUGAAUUGGACAAGAGAAGCAUCUGAGGGCAUUUGCACAACUCAACAAAGAGCCUGGGUCUCCCAGAUAUCACCAAGCCAUUGGAGUUAUGCUCACACGAAAGGCAAAGCAUUGCUCUGCGUGUUCUGGCACAGCAACUAAGAGCUCAGAACCGAGCGGCUGCUGCUUCCCUAAGCAAUCAGAUGAAGUGAGCCAAGGCUGGCCUGGAUGUCGUGGAGCUGUGGCAGCUCUUGGACUUGCUGUACAGGAAGCUCCUGAGUUCACCAUGGGACAGAAAGUGUCCCAUACAGUCCCAGCCGUACUGGAACAAAAAGGUACCCAUGGGUUAUCUGCCUCAAGAUUCCUGAAUACCAGGCAGUACUGGUGGACCUAGACGAUGUGAAUAUUGUCGCUACCAACAUUGUCACUGCAGCCCCUUUCCUCAGUGGGUCUGUUUCAGAGCCUGUGGUCCAGGAUUGCUUGGAAACAGUGGGAGCUGUUUCCUCCAGCAGACGGGAUUUAAAGGAACAGCCGCUGGAAGACGCUGAAGACUCCUGGUUCUCCGCUGGAAGCAGCUUUGUAAAGCAAGGAGUACAUAGAGCUGGGGAUGCCCUAACAACUACCCGUGAGGUAAUCGAAGCCAAACCUUUGCCUCCUGGGACUUCUGCCCGGACAGCUGCGCACACAUGAGCUUUAGAAUUAUCCAAAGAGAAGAAGAUUAAUAUUUGGACAGAUUCCAAGUGUGCUUUGGGAGUGGUGCGUGCCCAUGGAGCAUUUGAAAAGGACCAAGUUUAUUAACAGCACAAGAACAGAUUAAAUGAGAUACUCCAGUUGGCGGAAGCUGUGCUGUUACUAGAAAAGUUGCCAUCAUGCAUUUCAAGGAGCAUCAAGAAGGAGACACUGAUCAGGAAACUGGAAAUAAACUGGCAGCUGAUACUGCGAGACGAGCUGCUGGAAAGACAGAGAGAGCAAUGAGAGUGAUGUCUCUGAGCCCGGAUGGCUGCCUCCUCGAACCAGCAUCAGUAAACCCUACCUUGCAGUGCAUUAACAGAGACCUUCUCAGGUUGGCCAGAAGCAUUCCCCUGCCCAACUAGUAACGCUAGAACAGUAACUAAAGCUUUGUUAAAUGAGACCGUACCCCGACUUGGGGUACCCGCUGUGAUGUCCUCUGCUAGGGGGCCCCGUUUUGUUGCACAGGUAGUGCCUCAAGUCAGUAAAGCAUUAGAGAUCGAUUCGCAGUUGCAGACUCCCUACAAGCCUUAAGCAAGUGGGCAGGUAGAAAAGAAAAUGAGUCACUUAAUGGAACAGCCCAUAAACAGAAUUUGCCAGGAAGCUAACUGGAAGUAGAAUCCAGCACUACCUUUAGCGCUGCUCAGAAUGAGACGGAAGCCUCGAGCCAAGGAAAACUGAAGUCUUUUCUUUCAAGCCAAUAGAUGAAGUUUCUGUGAAAGCUUUUUCAUGUCAGCCUUGAGAAGAGAAGUGGAAUGGACUGCUCCAGCUGUUGCUGACGGCCUUUACCGCCAUCAAGAUUAAAGAACAACCCGCCUGGAUUCACUGUUCAAGAGUGAAGAAAGCAGCAGAUAAGAAACAGACGUUGGAACCAGUAGGACCUACCGCUUUCCAGUUCUCUCAGCGUUGAUCUCAGUGACUCUAAAAGAUUAUGCUCUUCAAUGCCUAAAGAUCCAGUAGAAGCUGCUGUGGCUUGAACUUACCUGUCCUCUGUCAGAGGACAGCAGAGCGGGGACCCCAAAUCGGGGUAUGGUCUCAUUUAACAAAGCUUUAGAUACUUUUGCAGCUUUACUAGCUGGGCAGGGGAUGCUUCUGGCCAACCUGAGAAGGUCUCUGUUAACACCAGCAAACCGCCUUUUCUAGGGAGUUUGGAGAAAUCUAGUUGCUAAUGUUGUCCUGCUACAUUUCCUUUUCUAAUUGUUCUCAUUUGUACCAUAUUUAUCAUAUUAAGAUUGUUUUCCAGACACAGUUCACAUUGCUGGGUCACUUGGUUCCAAAUACUAUAUAAAUUCACUCUUUCCUUUUAAUUGGAUAUUGGGAUAGAGCAUCAGCUCCCCAGUGAGUUUACUGAUGUUGGUUCGAUAACAUAACCAUAAUUUGGUUAACAAUGUGUAAGGCUUCAUUUUAUUGAUUCCUCUCCAAUCCUGCACUAACUCUAUAGCUUUACCGUCUAGUUUCUUUACUCGCAUUCUAUCAGCAGUCCAAACUGCAGGAAGUCACUUGUCCUUCUCUGGAGCCUCUGCUUCCUUCAGCUUUCCAGAAGACAUCUUUGUGUUUUCCAGCACAUCCUCCUUUCACCGCCCUGCAGAAACUCCUUGUGCCUCUGUGCCAUCCCCAACACUGACGCCGUUCUCUUGGUCAGUAGGAACUCAAAGGAGAAGAUAGUGAUACUGCUCUGAGGACAAAAACAAGUAGUACUAACUAACCACAUGCUGACAGUAGAUGUUCUGCCCUUCUUUUCACUGCUCCUAUUUUUGUAGCACUAUCUCAAAGCAUUUUGCAACUGUCAGUUAUGGAGAUUUGAUGUGAAAACCAACAGGCGGUGGUGGCAGAAACUGGAAAUUUGACCUGGAAUGAUGGAGUCAGUAUUUGAGGGCAGAAAUCAGUUGACCAAGGUCGUUGGGUCUUCAUCGAGAACAUGGAGAACUUGUGCAGCGACCUGCAGAACUGGGGGCUGUUGCUCUGCACACAUCAGGGAAGUGUCUCCUCACCCUCCCCACUGGGCCUGGGGCCACGGUGCCCAAGGCCUGAAGCUUUUCUGACAGCUUCUCUCCCUGCCUUUCUCCCAGAGACCGCGCAGCAGCGGCUGAGCACGGCUCACCAGAGGAGAUGGAGCGAACAGCCCCGCGAGGAGCUGCCCGACCGCCCUGUGACACCGCUGACCGCAGCCCAGGACCUCGGUGCCCCGACUGAGGGUCUCUCCAGCACCCUGGUGCCUGGGAUCCAUCCCACACAUGCUUCCUCUCUUCUCAGGGGGAUGAUUACUGAGAAAAGGAGAAGAUCCUCAUGGAGUCCCUGAAGAAAGCGCCGUACAACACUUCACGUCUGUCAGCAUCCCGUCCGUCCUUCUGCCCUUCUCCGGACCACAAUUUCUUUGAGGUUACGCAGUUAUUUCUGGAGAUCCCGAGGAAAGUGCCCUGUGCACUUCACCUCUACCAGCGUCCCGGCCGUCCUCCCUGCUCCUGGCCACCAUUCUUAGAGGGUUUCUUAGAGAAAUGGGUUUAAAAGCCCAAGUCUCUUUUGCCUUGUGUUUCCUCCCCCUGAGAGGCCCCCAGCCUGGACUGUUUCUCUGCUGUACCUUUUAAGUUGUUUUUAAUCUCAUAAUUAAAGUAUCUUUCUAAAGCGCAAA